CUUCUCAACGGACUCUAGCAGACUUGACUUCAAAAGCAAAAGCUGCUGUGUUGGCUGUGUUCGGGUAAACAAAGGGAAGUCUUUUAGCUCUGGAGAUUAGCGGAACAGUUGAACUUUCUUCCGGGUCAAGGUGUCAACAUGGCGGAGAAUCUCGUGGAAUUGUUUAUAAGCAUCGGUCUAACAGAGCAGAAAGCAAAAGAAACUGUGAAGAAUGAACAACUCAGUACAAGUCUCAAACAGUUGAUAAAAGUUGCAGACGAGCUCUGUGGUGAAAAUGCAAGACAUAAAGACAUUGGAAAGCUACUCUACAUUCUGGCCACUAAAAUUAAAGCACAGAUUAAAAACCAUCAGAACUUCAUUGUACAGUACAUAGCUAGCAAGAAAAUUACAACUGAAGAACAGUUAAAUGCUGCACUGUACUACCUUCUGCACAAUCCUGGGUCAGACGUCAAUCUGAAAUCUUUUGAUGAGGCUUGUGGUGUUGGUGUUGUUGUCACACCUGAGGAGAUUGAGGCUGCUGUCGAGGAGGUCAUCAAGAAACAUAAGGAUGCUCUAAUUGAGAAAAGAUAUCACUACGUCACAGGCCCUAUGCUGGGUGAAAUCAAAGCAAAAAUUAAAUGGGCUGACGGCAAGGCGGUUAAGAAUGAAUUGGAUAUGCAGAUCCUGGAUCUGCUUGGACCAAAAACCGAUGCUGAUUUGGAAAAACCCCAAAAGUCGAAAGCUGCACCUAAGCCCACAAAGCCUACAGAUACCCCAUCUAAAGCAGAGAGUGAUAAUAAUGCUGUAUCAGAGGACGGACAAGUCAAAGGGUUUGCUGAAGUCAUGGGUGACGCACUGAGAUUCCACAAGCCUGGUGAAAACUACAAGACAGAUGGCUAUGUGAUAACACCCAAAACAAUGGAGUUACUGAAGAAACACCUGGAAGAGACAGGUGGUAAGGUGUUUACAAGAUUUCCCCCAGAACCUAACGGAAUCCUCCAUAUAGGCCAUGCUAAAGCUAUCAACUUCAACUUUGGUUACGCUAAGAAAAUGGGUGGCUUUUGUUACCUGCGUUAUGAUGAUACCAACCCAGAAAAGGAGGAAGAGAAGUUUUUCUUGGCCAUCAAAGACAUGGUUGAGUGGCUAGGCUACACACCAUACAAAGUGACACAUGCGUCAGACAAUUUUGACAAGCUGUACGACUGUGCUGUGGAGCUGAUCAAGCGAGGCCACGCCUAUGUGUGUCACAUGCCUGCGGACACACUGAAAGGUUUCAACCCACCCGACUCGCCCUGGAGGGACAGACCCAUCUCAGAAUCUCUGCAGUUGUUUGAGGACAUGAAGAGAGGUAAAAUUGGUGAAGGGGAGGCAACUCUCCGUAUGAAGACAACUCUGGAAGAAGGCAAGAAGGACCCAGUAGCUUAUAGAAUCAAGUUUACCCCCCACCAUAGAACAGGAGACAAAUGGUGCAUCUACCCUACGUAUGACUUCACCCACUGUUUAUGUGACUCCAUUGAGAACAUCUCACACUCUCUGUGCACUAAGGAAUUCCAAUCCAGACGCUCGUCUUACUAUUGGUUGUGUAAUGUGUUGGACAUGUACUGCCCUGUCCAGUGGGAGUACGGGAGACUUAACAUCAGCUACACGGUUGUGUCUAAGAGGAAAAUUGCUAAACUCAUCACUGAAAACAUUGUCAGAGACUGGGAUGACCCUCGUUUGUUUACCUUGACUGCCCUGAGGAGACGAGGUUUUCCCCCAGAGGCCAUCAACUACUUCUGUGCCCAGGUGGGUGUGACAAUGGCCCAGACUUGUAUCGACCCUUCUAAUCUAGAAUCUUGUGUCAGGGACUUUCUUAAUGUCACAGCUAAAAGGGCUAUGGCUGUACUGCACCCACUGAAAGUUGUUAUAUCAAACCUCCCUUCUGACUUCCCCAAGCAAAUUUCUGUGCCAGAUUUUCCCAGCAAUGAAGCCAGAGGAUCUCACUCUCUAGGAUUUAGCUGUGUUCUAUUUAUAGAACAGGAAGACUUUAAGGAGACAGCUGACAAAAACUUUUUCCGUUUAACCAAAGACCAGCCAGUGGGACUCAGGUACACAGGGCUGGUGAUAUCAGUGGAUAAGGUCAUCAAGGAUUCCCUAGGCCAGCCCCUGGAGCUGGUGGUGACGUGCAAGCUUGCAGCAGACGCCCCUAAACCCAAAGCCUUCAUCCACUGGGUCUCAGACCCCCAGCACUGUGAGAUCCGUCUCUACGACAGGCUAUUUAAGCACAAGUUCCCUGAAGAUUCCAACCAGGUUCCUGGUGGGUUCCUCACAGACAUAAAUCCAGAUUCUCUAGAAGUCCUGUCUGAAGCUCUAGUGGACAAGUCUGUUGUGGGUGCCAAGGUCUACGACAGGUUCCAGUUUGAGAGGACUGGCUACUUCUCUGUUGACCCAGACUCUACUCAUGACAAGCUUGUGUUUAACAGAACUGUGACACUGAGGGAAGACCCAGGGAAAAAAUCUUGAUUCAACUCAUCACUAAUGACUAGUUCUCGUUUAGUUAAUUAACUGUUUAUCUUCUCAUUUUAUCAACCUAGCCUUAUCUGUGAAUCCAUUUAUCUGACCAGAGGUUGCUGUUUAGAGAUUUUGUCACACUGAUGGUUGCUAUGGGGAUCUUUCAUUGUUUGUUAGUUGCUAUGGUGAUCUGGUCACACUGUUUUAUGAAAGCCACCAUAAUCAAGAAUGCUCUAAUUAAAAACCAAAUUAGUUUGAUACAAUUUUUUCCAGCAUCAAGAUUUAGCCAAUGAUGUAUGUAGCUUGUGAUUCUUUCUUCUGCUUCACAUGUAGUCAAGAUUUUCAAUAACAUAUCACUUGUCUUAUUUUUUUAAAAUAAGCUGUAUCUAACCUAAGGAAUAAUGUAACAACUGCUUCAGCUAAAUUAGCUGUGAAUCUUACCUACAGGAAUAAUUGCUUCAGCUAAAUUACACAGAAGAUCUGAUACACUUGAUGAGUGAAAACUUGAGACAAGGUGACCUCUCAACUGUACUGUCUGUGUGUGCUUUAGUCAAAAUCUGUAAGACCUGACAGCACAACAGGUUCAACACUCAUUGUCUGACCACCUGUUUCACACCUGACUAGCACCUGUUCUCUAGCUAGUUCCCACCUGACUAGCACCUGUUUCCCACCUGACUAGCACCUGUUCUCUGGCUAGUUCCCACCUGUAGGAUGUAGGAGACACAAACACUUCUCCUCAGAAAAAAUCUAAAAAUUCUAUCUAGAUCUGUCCACUUCCCUGUUGCUCAUUCCGUGUGUGGUGUAUGUUAUGGUGUCUUGUAUGUGUCUGUGGUGCUUUAUAUGUGGCUGUGGUGUGUGGGAGUUGAAUAAACUUGUAUUUAUUUA